GGCCAACGAAACUGCAUGAGUAAGUGUCAGAGGCACUCAGUACAGUUACUGACGGCCCGUACCGUGAACGAUCGCCGUCGUCGACCGUCGUCACCGUGUCGUCGUCAAACAGAGUCGCGGUUUUACCAUGCGCUCCUCUUGAUAAACGUAUGCGGCAGAGAAAGGGAGAAAGAGAGAGAGAGAAAGAAAAGAAAAGAGACGCGCGUACGAAGAGACGGGAGAAAGCAGAGGAUCGGUUCGGUUGAUGACCAGGUGUAUCUCGCCGACGUAGUGACAGUGUCCUCGAAUGUGUAUAUGGACGAGGUCACCAUGAUGACCGUUCCACCGACACUGCCGGCCAAGACUCAGCCCCCGAGUCAGGUUGCCCGACAGACUGUGUCAAUCCGGACUGUUUCCAAUCCCCCCACGGCUCCUCUGAGCACAGGGGCCGGAGCAACGGUAUUCGUCGGUCUGGCAGCUCCUGGCGUCGAUUCCUCGGCAGCCUGCAGAAGAAGAAUCCCGGAAGUGCAAGCCGCGAACGGGUACGGUAAGCAGAGUGGCGUGAAGUCGGCGCAGAGCUCUCCUCAGAACCAGCAACAACAACAGCAACAGCAACACAACAAUUACAACAAUCAUUAUCAGCAGCAGCAGCAACAGCAGCAGCAGGCGGCCCACGUGGUGAAAAUCAAGAUCAAUCCGGAUGGUGAGAAGAACGGAAGGGUGAUAUCGACCGUACGAUUGACGCUGGACGAGAAGGUGGCCGGGCACGAAGCCGAGAAGGAGAACGGGAUCGCGUGCGAACGUUCGGGCAAGCGUGACGGUGGUGUGGUCGUGAGUGCGACGAAUCUGGUGAACGAGCAGCGUUGUGGAAGUGGCGGUGUCGGUGACGGCUGUGUGAGGAUCAGUGUCGGCUCGAACGCCUUCGAACGCAACAACAAUCACGAUAACAGUAAUUUACGCAAGGACAAGCGGGAUCGGAACCACGAUAACACCGAACAGAAAGAUAUGGUACUGCACCGUGAAACGUCCAUAGAACCUCCUAUGAACGCCUCCUCCCCAAAUAAUAACCGUUCCACAGCCUGCUUCUACUACAACUCGUAUCCCGGCCAAUUGAACGGGAUGGUGAUGUCGAGCGGCCAAUGCUCCCCCAGCGACACGCUGGACAGCGGGACAUGCAGCGAUCUGGACGGCACACCGCCACCGCUCCCCAAGAAGAAGAACUCCAGCACGGUUAUCCUGGCCAGCGAUCAGCACAAUCGUACCGGCAGUUUGACCAGCAGCGGGGCGGAAGUAGACAGCGACGACAACGAGAGCAACAUCAGCUGCGACUCCUUGAACGGUGGCGAGUUGACCGACAGAAUAGCGAACGGUGGCAUUAACGGGAACGAGGCUGGCAGGCCAUCCUUGGAAUUUCCAGAACGCUCGGAGAAUUGCCGUGUGAAGAACGGGGUGGAUCGUGAGAAGUGCAGGGACACGGGGACCGUGUUGGCGUUGAACCGGCUCGACCUGUCCUCGACCGAUCGGAACGAGGAGAAUCGAAUUCACGAGGAGGAAUCGAGCGCUGCCGCCUCGAGCCCCGAGAUCGGCUCGAGUUCUUGCUCGACCAGAGCCUCCCCCAGCGUGUCCCCCUCGCCGUCCGGCACUUCCUCGUUGUCGAAAGCCUCCUCCACUCCGAGGAUCAGGAGUCCGGUCCUGGCCACCGAGCAGAAUGGCAGGCUAACGUCCCCGGUCGUGAAGGAGUGCACUUACGAGGAGAGGAAGCAGGAGCAGGAGAGGCUGGAGCAAGAAUCAGGUGACGUGGACACCAGCGUCAACCCAUUGACCGGGAAGAAAUACGUGUACGAGUACGACAGGUUCUAUAAGUUUCACAUAAACGAGUUGAAGGGGAACAAAGACAGUGGUAGGGGUGUGGUGUUAGGCGAUAAGGAAACCGACGAGUGUUUCGCCGGUUACAAGAUCCUCGAGAAGGAAGCCAUACGCAGUGCCAAGGGAACUGUGCGCGGUGUCAAAAACAGGGUUCGCGCUGGGAUCGCGACGUUCCUUCAGAAACCCUCUUCUCAGGCGUACAUAAAGAAGGAAUUGGGUAAAGUGGUGGUGUACACGACGACCUCUGGUAUCGUGAGAAAAACGUUCUACAAUUGCAAGAAGGUGAAGCAAAUCCUGAGGACGCACAUGGUCAAAUACGACGAGUUGGAUUUGUUUGGGGAUGCUGAGCUGCAAACAGAGCUGAGAGAUCGCUUGGGCUCCACGGUGAUACAGUUGCCCCAGCUUUUCAUCGAUGGGCAACAUAUCGGGGGAUUCGACACCGUGGAACGACUCAACGAAUCUGGAGAGCUGAGAGAGAUGCUUAAGCCCUACCAGAGCGAGGACGCCUGCACAGUCUGCCUGUUCUGCGGAGGUUACCAGUGGCAGCUGUGUCCUGUUUGCAACGGAAGCAAGAGAUCCGUUCACCGCAACGACUUCACGGCGGAAUUCGUCGCCUUGAAAUGCGCGAAAUGCGACGUGAACGGUCUCAUCCGAUGCCCGCAUUGCUGAACAAAAAAAAAAAAAAAAAAAGAAAAAAGAAAAAAAGAAAAAAAAAUAAAACGAGAAACAUCGUCAUCCCUGGCAAUUGGCAUCGAGAGGAAUCCGCUGCCCUCCCUCUAUUUAAGACUAAGGUGCUACGAGAAGUAUAUCGCAUGUUGAAUGAACACGUCACGGUGGGUUAUCACGUUCUCGCGAGAGAUCACGAUUAUUCGAGAUCGAGGCGUGCUUGCCUUCAAUCUCUCUCUCUCUCUUUUCCUCUUUUCGUUUCGUUCAAUUGGAAGGGGACGAAUCGUGGAAGGGAAGAUUUCGAGUAGGAAGAUAAAAUGGCACGCACGCACGCAUGCACGCACGCAUUUUGAAUAUCGAGCGUUCGAAGCGAUGAUCGCGAGAUCUCUCGCAAAUGUGAAUUGUAAAAUAACGACUAAUAAAACUUAUCUAUAAUGUUUUGUAACAUGCAAUUCGUGAGUUUUUGUUUCUUUUCUUUUCUUUUUUUCUUUUCUUUUUUUUUUCGCAGACCUGUAUUUCUCCUUUCCCACAUUGGAAUUUAAAUUCUUCUACUACUCUGUGGUAUUCCGAUUUUUUUGUGAAUAAGCGAAUUUGAACGAGCGAUCACGAUGUAAAGAUGUUUAAAGGAUAAUUGAUUUAAGGAUUCGAUUCUUAAUGUAAUUAAUAAAGAAGAAUUAUUGUAUCUUU